AUAUUUUCAAACGUUGUACAUUUUCGAAAAUAACCCAAUUUUCUAUAGCAAAAAUGUUCUACAACCCCCACCCUCCAAGAAAAGGGGAGAAAAAAAAAUAAACCAAAAAAGCAAAAUAGUAAAAAAGAAAAAAAAGUUUUUCCCUGCCUCCCCUCCAAGUGAUUUUGUUUUCCUACAAUUUCUAACACCUCCUCAACCUCUAGGAAGAGACCCUCCCCUCCCAUCUAAGUAACCAUCUCAUCCAAAAAAACAAAAACAAUAAAACUAUUGUACCCUGGAGCUCAAUAUGAAAUUCUAUUUUUUUACAAGACCCGUUCACAUAAAGAAAAACUAUAGAAAUUUUAUCGAAAUAAUAUCUUUACGUUGACCCUUUCUUGAACCAGAACUGGGGGAGGAUGAGAGGAAAAGGCCAUUGCUGACCCCUUUUCCUCCUCCUACUCCUAAUUAAUUUUUAUUUCCAUUUUCUAACCUAAAGCUUUGCAACGUGAUGAUCAUGAAUGCAUGCAUUUUUAAUUUUAAGCAUUUUUUUUGGAAUCUUGAGAGGAACAACAACGUGAAGAAAUAAUAAUAUUUUUUUCUUGUAGACUUUUUUUGUUUCAUUUGAGCUCCUUUUGUAAAAAUACACAAUUCAUAUUAAUUCAUAUAUUUUUUUCUUUAAUUUGUUUUUUCUUGAGGGGUUGCGGAUUUUUUUUUUUUUUGAUCUCUUGAGAGGAUCAAGAACAUGAGUUGCCUCCCUUGCUUUAAGAAAAAAGCUGAAUCGCCUCCUGAGGAGGUACCGGUUGCUCGUCCUAAAGAAGAAAUCUCAACCACCCCACCAAAUCCCGCUGAACCAUUUCACAAAGGCGACACAGUUCACCCUGCUGAAAAUGGGGAUAGCAAUGCCAAGACUUACACAUUCCGUGAGCUCGCCAGUGCAACAAAGAAUUUCAAGCAAGAAUGCCUGAUAGGUGAAGGUGGAUUUGGAAGAGUGUUCAAGGGAACACUUCAAGGUGGAGAGGUUGUGGCAGUGAAGCAACUAGACAGGAGCGGUACACAAGGAAACCAUGAGUUUCUUGUUGAGGUCAAAAAGUUGACUCUCCUGAAGCACCCAAAUUUAGUCAAUCUCAUUGGAUAUUGUGCUGAUGGUGAUCAGAGGAUUUUGGUCUUUGAAUACAUGCCAAGGGGUUGCCUUGAGGAUCAUCUCCUUGAUAUCAAAGAGGAUAAAAAGCCACUAGAUUGGCUAUCCAGAAUGAAGAUAGCUUUAGGUGCUGCUAACGGACUUGAGUAUCUACACGAAAAGGCCAACCCGCCAAUAAUUUAUCGCGAUUUGAAAGGCACAAACAUUCUAUUGGAUAAAGAUUUUAAUCCUAGACUUUCAGAUUACGGUCUUGCUAAGCUAGCAGGUGGAGGGAGUAAGUCAAACAUGUCGCCAAUGAUGAUGGGAACUGGUUAUUGCGCCCCAGAGUUUGAAAGAGCCGGUGAACUCUCUUCGAAGUCAGAUGUAUAUUGUUUUGGAGUUGUUUUGCUUGAACUUAUAACGGGGCGUCGAGCGGUGGAUAGUACGAGGCCAACAGAUGAGCAAAACUUAGUUGCUUGGGCACAACCCUAUUUCAAGGAUCCAAAGAGGUUCCCUGAAUUAGCAGAUCCGCGUCUCGGAAAGAAGUUUCCUGUCAAAAGUUUAAAUCAAGCAGUUGGGGUUACAGCAAUGUGCCUUCAAGACGAACCAAUGGUUCGUCCUUUGAUUGGUGAUGUUGUGGCUGCUCUUAGUUUUCUUACAAUGCCCAGCCCAGAUGACCCUAUGCCUAGUUCACCUCCAGCUCCGACUCCGACCCCGACAUCAAAUAUUGAAAAGUCGAGUCCGAAUAACGAAGAUCAAGAAGGUUCAGAAAAUGGGGACCAAGGUGAUUCAGAAGAUUAUUCCGAUGAUGAGGAUGAAUACAGUGAGAGUGACGAACAAAAUGACGAAAAAGCCCCCCGUGACAAAGAACGCUCUCAAAAAGCUAGCAGCAAACGACAGUCUCAAAAAGUUCGUAGAAGUCGAGAGGAUGAUAAAGGAAGCUCAGAGUUUGGAUAUGGAAGUGCAUCGGGAUCUUCAGAAUAUGAGGACGACAGUGGAGAUGAUGAACGUGGAGACGUCACAACAAAAUCUAGAAAAUUUGGUUCGCGUUCGAGGCAUAAAAGCAAGGUAAAUUCCCGCACUACAAGUUCAAGUAACUGAACAUCCAACAGUAAUAUCACAAGGAACCAUGAAAAGAAUGCAAGUAAUGAAUUUAACGGGCAACAAUGUCAAUGAUGGUUGCAAAAACAGCACGGAUUCAAAGUUAAGUCACAUAUAGAAAAGUUGGGUUGAGCACCAAACAAAAAGAUCCAAGGGAACAGGUACUAGUACAAAUUGCAGAAGUAAAAACAAACAUGGGCUAAUGUAAUUAUUGAUCUUGUUAAGGCAACAAGCAGCUUAAAUUCUAAUUAUGGAAGUUUUGGUUCAUAUUCAACUCACAUCGCAAGGAGGAAUCAGAACAUCAAAGUAAUGGUUCAAAUCAUUCCAGAGUAUAUAGAAGAAAAACAUGUAACUGUACCCUGUAAUUAACCUUUUUCAUAUUUCAUAUUUCCAUUUUGACAAACUUAAUUUUUACAUUUUUGGCUAUAAGCAAUAAGCUUUUUGAGUAAGUUGUUUCAAUAUAAAAUAUAGCAGCUUGUGUGCGGAGAUCUCAGGCCAAUAAGCCACAAGCUGUCUAGUGGGCCGGGCUGUCCCAAUUGCAUCCCGCCCCAACCCGGUUCUGGUCCCACGUGCAGGUAAGGGGGAUAGGAUAAGGGGUAGAGGGGUGCCUGGCCCGCUAAAAUCCCAGACCGGACCGGUACGGGCCCAGCCCCCGUACCAAUAUAUUAUUAUGGCUUGAAUAAGCUAGUAAGUGUACUAUAGUAGUAGUUUUAAGCUGCAUCAAAGAAGCUAAUAAGUUUAUAAUACUAGUAGUUUCAAGAUUUGAUUUUUCAUUUACGCAAGAAGAGAUAUACAAAGAACAUUUUAAGAUGACCUACA